CUGAUGAUGAACAACAUUGAUGUGAUUAAAAUUUUGUUUUUAUCUGACUUCCUACUAGUUAAAUUUUGAUUGCAAAAUAUCUUAUAUUCCUGUCUGAAUAUAAAGAUGACCAAUGUGAUGGAAACACCAUACGCAGCAGUGCACCCCAUCUACUAUCAAACCAAACCAAUUCGUAUCUAAAUUGCUGUGAACUCGUGAUGGUGUGCGAUCAAAUGUUAUGGUCUGAAUGCCUUUUUCAAUUUCGUGAUAUACGUGUAAUCUGGUUAGCUAAAUUAAUAUUAUACGCAGAACAUGCAAUCUUUGUCCAGUCAAGAAUUCCAGGAUGUCUAUAAAUGGGAAGAAAGAGAAGAUGGAGAAUUAACAGAUUUCAGUACUGAAAUGGAAGACGGGGAACUUUCAGAUUCCAGUUUCACCAAACUGGACACAAGUCACACAACAGUGGGAAAAGAAGUCAUGGAAUAUACUUGCUUAGUCCCAAAAAUUCCCGAAAAGGAAGCAGUGGGUCACUUUAUUGGCGGGAAUAAAAACAAAGGACGACUGUUUGACUACUAUGUUAUAAUUGACUUUGAAGGAACUUGUGGAGUUCUAAAAAACCCAAGACAUAUCAAAGGUGGAAUACAAGAAAUAAUUGAAUUCCCUGCCAUUUUACUAAAUGGUCACAAUGGACUCAUUGAAGAUGAAUUCCAAUCCUUCUGCAGACCAGUUCUUAACCCUUCAUUGACAAAUUUUUGUAAAAAAUUUACAGGAAUCACACAGGAUGCUGUUGACAAAGCUCCUUUAUUCAAUGAAGUAUUUGUCUUAUUUGAAGAAUGGUUGCAGAAAAACCAAGUUAUUGGUUCCAACUAUUCAUUCGCGGUUGUGACCGAUGGACCUGACGACAUUCGUCAAUUUUUACAGAAGCAGUGUAAGAUUUCAGCAAUAGAUUUUCCAACGUACUGUAAGAACUGGAUAAAUAUUAAGAAAACUUUCGCUCGUUUCUACAAAAAUGGCAAUAUGCAAUGUCUGUCCCUAAAAAAUAUGAUUCGGGAUAUUGGAUGUGAAUUUCAAGGAAGAGCUCAUAGCGGCAUAGAUGAUGCCCGAAAUAUUGCUUCAAUUGUUCAACGUCUUUUGACGGACGGAGCGCGCGUUACGUUCAAUGAAAAGUUAGUUGUCAAUCGGGCCCAGAAACGUAAAAUAAGGCAGAAUUCUACAAAUACCAACCCAACCACACAAGCUAACCCAGUUAAAAAAAGGAAUUUGAAAGUUCAAACUGCCGUAAAGAAGGCAAAGACAAAAAAUCCUGCCAAGAAGACGGUUCCUGCCUUAAAAGGUUCAAUUACAAAAAAUGAUGUCAAACAUGAGCAAAUUAAAUCCAAGAAGAACCGGAAAAGAAACGCAAAACGUCCAAACAAGAAGGAACAAGUACAUGCCAAGGGUUUAAAAACUGCAGAUAAUUUAACAAAUACCAAACAAAUAAGGGAGAAAUUAAAACUUGCUGCAAAAAAUGUUAGAAAUCUUAGGAAAAGGUUGAAAUCUGCCCUACAUCAGGAAAAUAUUUGCAGUCCCAUUUUACCAUAAGGUAACUAGGGCACGGAAAUCCAAAUAAAUAAACAUUCGGCUUUUCGCUUAUUGUUUUGAACAGGAAAAUCCAGAUCCCAGCAACAACGAAUUUCGUUUUACAAAACUACAGCGCUGCGGUGCGCUACUAACCAACAGGCAAAAGCAACAUUUGAACAGUAAAUUUUUAGCUAUGGUUUCCGUUUUCCAAAAACUGUUCGACCACUUAUUCAUAAAUACAUAUAUAACUUUAUAUCUUA